AGAAAUGGAGAGAAACCUGAUUAUGGUGCACUUUCUUCACACCGUUGAGAUCUAUUUUUUUGCCAAAAAUCAUUAGAUUCAACACCCACCCUCUAAAGGCCUCAACCCUUCGAUUUGUCGUUAGUUGGUCAAAUCAUGUCGUGGACCCCACCAAGAAUAUCAUUCCAAAUUUCCAAUAAACAAGAGAAUGAAAAAAAUGAACGUUCUUCUUCCACAACUCUCCUCUCUCUUCCCCACCAUCCAUAUAUUUUCCCUUUGAGUCAGACCAAAGCCACUAGGAUUCCAUAAAAAUUUAAUUUUUUUUUACUAUUUUUUUCUGAAAGAGUUCUCAUUUUGGUGUCUAUUAUUUUUUCCGUUUCCCUUAUUUAUCAUGUUAUUUAUCUCUUGGAAACUUGUGGGCUAUGUAUUUAUGUGACACCUGAGUGCACUCUGCUCUCAUGUUUUAUAUGUGAAUUGGGAAGUGUGUGUCAAGUUUUGGUUUCUUAUUAUUGUCUUUUUUGUUUUAGCUUCUUCUGAGGUUUGUGGCUUGGUCUUGGAGAUUAGUUUUGUGAAGUGGGGGAUUGGAUACAAUGGGUAUUGAUACCAAUUUGGUGACUACUGUUAUUGGGUUUGGUUUGAGUGCAACUUUCAUUGUUUUUGUUUGCGCAAGAAUAAUUUGUGGAAGACUACGAGAGCGAUCACGGACUAUAUAUGAAAUUGAACCAAUAACAGAUAUAGAACGGGCAGAAUAUCAUGGUCAUGACCCUGCACCUGGUUUUGUAGCUGCUAUCCCCACUUUGAAUUUCAACCAUGAAGCCUUCAGUUCAAUUGAAACUACACAGUUGAGUCUAGUUUCCGGUCUCUACUCUCUAAUUCGUAGGUGUGUGAUAUGUUUGGCAGAGUACAAAGAAAAAGAACUAUUGCGCAUCAUACCAAAAUGUGGCCACACAUUUCAUCUUUCUUGCAUUGAUAUGUGGCUGAGAAAACAGUCCACAUGUCCAGUGUGCCGUUUGUCACUGCAGAAUGCUUUUGAAUCAAAACAUGCGAGGCAUGUAACAUUUACCAUCAGGCAUUCUCUUGAUGAGCCCAAUGCCCCAGAAAGGAACACAGAUAGUGAUCAGAGGCAAGUUGAACUUAAUUCUAGUAACAACUCUCAACAAUCAACUUUGGGAGAAGCAGAAGCUAGACAGUAAUGUAAGAAAGCUAAUCAAAGGAGUUGUUGUAGUGUGUGCCUAAUCUGUGUAUGUAAAGGAACAAGGCUAGUAACUCCCUAGAAAUACUAAUAGCACACUUAUUUAAUAUAUUUUUUAUUAGUAGUAAUCGAUAACAGAAAUAAAAGAAUUUAAAAUAAUUCAUA